GUUCAGCGGGGCGGGAGCGGCUCCGGCGGCUCCGGCACAGCCGGGGAUGUACAACAACAUGAGCAUCACCGUGUCCAUGGCCGGCGGCGGCUCCGGAGUCCCCACCAUCAAUCCCAUGGGAGGGCAGGUGCCCGGGAUGAACCCCCUGCAGAUGCCCGGCAUGAAUUCCAUGUGCUCGGAGCAGGUCCCGGAUCCGGCGCUGAGACCAGCGGGGCUCUACUGCAACCAGCUCAACUCCAGCGAGCUGCUCAAGGCAGAGGCAGACGGGGCCCAGGUCAGUAAAGAUUCCCAGAAAAAAGGGCUGGAGAUGGUGGAGAUUCCCAAAAAAAUGGCUGGAGAUGGUGGAGAUUCCCUAAAAAAAUGGCUGGAGAUGGUGGAAAUUCCCAAAAAAAUGGCUGGAGGGCCCCCAGGAUGGUGGAGAUUCCCAAAACCAGUCCCACCAUCAUUGGGUGACACCCUUUGGGGUUGAAGCCACCACGGUCCCACCAGGGGUUGAAGUUUCCACGGUGCCACCAGUGUUGGGUGAUGACGAACCCUUGGGGUGGGUGACAACCAACCCUCGGGGUUGAAGCCACCACAGUCCCAUGAAUGUUGAGUGACACCCCUUGGGGUUGGAGUCACCACAGUCCCACCAAUCUUAGGUGACACCCCUUGGGGUUGAAGCCACCACAGUCCCACCACCAUUGGGUGAUGACCAACCUUUGGGGUUGAAGUCACCACAGUCCCACCACCAUUGGGUGACAACCAACCUUUGGGGUUGAAGCCACCGUGGU